GAGAUUUAAAAGGUAACACAUUUAUUCAAAAGACAUUUAUUUAGUUAAAUGUGCUUUUUAAAUAUAGAAUUGAGUGCCUGCAGAUUUAUCAUAUUUAGAUGUAUUUGAUAGUUACUUCCUGCUUAGCAUAGGCUGAGGUACGGGAAAUCACUGCUGAGAUGUUUUGUUGUUUCUUUCGCGGUUGUGCGUAACAGCAUCUUGAUGAGCCGAUCACUUUGAUGAGCGAUUUCACGGUCCGAUAAAAUCCUGAAGAUGAGCGCCUGGAAGGGGAGUCGCGGGAUGGUGAAAGGAUCCUUUUCCGCUGCUCGGCUGAAGCAGGGCUGGAACUGGGCGUUCCUGCAAUGUUGUAACGCGACCUCUCCCACAUGGCAACCGUUAAAAAAGCCCUUUCUUCCCCUGCUGCAGGAAGCAACGCGGCAGCUCCUGAUGAAUCACUGCCCGCCCAGCGACGUCUGGCAGAGAGCGAUGUUGUUCAGCUGCCAGACACGGGAACUUCCCUCCAACGCGGGCACGCAGUUUUAAAAUUUAAAAAAUCUGAUUUUUUAUGUAGAUAGAUUCUUCUUUAAAGCUGCGGUAAAAGUGGGACAGAUGAGUGGCACUGGAACUCCAGGAAUCUGAUCUUCCAGCAGUCUCCAGAGAAGCGGAGCCUCGUUCGGUGUGAGACGACUCCGCCUCGUGAGAGCACUUAGGAAGCCGACAAAGCAUGGCUGCCCUCAUCGGCGAAAACUUUAAGUUCGUGGCGCUCUUUUUCAAGAGCAAGGACGUGGUGCUCUUCAACGGGCUCAUCGCCCUCGGUACCGUGGCCAGCCAGACGGCCUACAACGUCUUCGCCUUCGACUGCCCGUGCUCGUCCGGGCGGAACUACCGCUACGGCCUGGCGGCCAUCGGCGUGCCGGCGCUGGUCCUCUUCCUCAUCGGCAUCAUCCUCAACCGGCACACCUGGAGCCUGGUGUCGGAGGUGCGGCUGCGGGCCUGCAGGAAGCUGUCGGCGGCCGCCUCCUUCGCCCUGCUGGGCUCCGUGGUGGGCCGGGCCGCCGUCGCCCCCGUCACCUGGUCCGUGCUCUCGCUCCUCCGGGGCGAGGCCUACGUCUGCGCCCUCUCUGAAUUUGUGGACCCCUCGUCUCUGGAAGGCUACCCCCCCGGGCACGGGCCGGAGGAGAUGGCCGGGUUCCCCUGCAAGGCCGUCCCGGCCGACGCGCUGCGCUUCUGGCCCGAGAUCGAGCGCCGUCUGAAGUACGAGUCUCAGUUCCUGGGCUGGGUUGUGGUGGCGGCGACGUCCGUCACGGUGUUCCUGCUGCUGUGUCUGAAGCGCUGCUGCUCGCCCCUGGGCUACCAGCAGGAGUCGUACUGGUCCCACUUCCGCUCCAGCGAGCACCAGCUGUUCCAGCGCACCGCCGACGUCCACGCCAAAAUGCUGGCCGCCGAAAGCGUGAAGAGCUUCUUCGGCUUCGUGGCUCUGGAUAAAGAGGAGAAGGACCAGCUGCAGGAGCACCAGCAGAACAACAGCCCCAUACCCAGCUCUCUCUGGAACCAGAUCACCGGCGUCUACCUGUACAGAGAGAACAACGGCGCCCCGCUGUACAGCCGACUGAACAAGUGGUCCAACGUACCGACGGCCAACAACACGAAAACCAAAGAAGAAGAGAUGGAAAUGCUCGCCUGAGGCCUUCGCUGCGUUUUCUCGCGUGUUCAGUAGUUCUCGGACAGCGCGCGCCCGUCGUUCUCUCUGUCCACUCAUUUCUUUGGCGCUUUCUGUCUCUUCUGAUCCUACCGCGGUGACUCAGCGAUAGCGACGAUUAUAAAUGACAAUCAUUUAUUCUUAUUGUCAAGGCUGAAUCCAACUUCCCUCUCUCAAAGAGGUGGAAGGUAAAAAAACCCACCAGACACGUGGUAAUACAUACAUUUCAAGACUGCUGAUUCCCGUAUCAAGUGAUCAAUACAUAUUUCACCGUUCAUUCUACGGAAAGACAGUAUGGCACGGGUUUUGUUCUUAUUUAUCAUGCUGCUAUGACAGCAUCAUCAUCGCAGAUCAUUUGCAUUUGGCUGUACUGCUAACUGAGGGAUAUUUAACACUUGCUCAUUAUUUAAUGGCUUCGACAAAUGCGCACAAAUAUCCAUAAUAAUAGCAAUGUAUUCAGGGUUUAUGAAACUGGUUAAAUAUGCUUCAAUUACCUCUGUAUGCAAGGGGAUAUUUUUUCUGUGUUUUUUUUCUUGCAUAAAUUGCAGAUAGGAUUUUCUAGAGUGAGUAAGCCCAAGUAAGAUAUGAGGCCUACACAUCUGUCUGCGUCUUCCUCACUCUUGCAGCUCAGUCCAGUUAUAAGUGGUCAUCAUUUUUAAAAUAAUUUUGGUGUCCUAGAGGUUGCUGAGAUUUUGACAAUGUUUGAACGCAUGUUACUCAUUUGUUUAAAGCAUCCAAAGCUACUUUUAAUGGUCUUCCUCACUGACAGGCUUACUGAAAAAAAUUAUAUCCAGAGCAUCCUGCAAAACCAACCUGUUAAGACAUCUUACCUGCACCAAAGCACAAGUUUAUGAAAAUUCCAGUGAGCACCUUUUCUUCAACUUUAAAUCGUCUGCUCACUUCUACAAACAGUGGAUCUUUUCAUGUUUGACACAAUUCUACGCUUCAUUUCAUAAAGAUUGUAGUUGAUGUCUAUAGUUAGUACAAACACAAUGUAACGCAUCAUUUCCCAGUGACCCAGUCAUUGGCCAGUAAGAUGCUAUUUUUCGAGGUUGACCUCAUUGCACUAAUCAAACUUUUGGCUGCUCAAAUGAUUGUCUUGGUGUUGUCCUCCACGUAAUGCAUCCAAAGCUGGUUUGCACUCAGAGAUAAACUUCAUAACUUCUUCAUUUUAUUGAGCACAAGGGAAGAACCGAGCAGAAAUAUUUUCUUUUCUUUCUUUCUUUUCUUUAUAAGUUUCUAAGUAUUGAAGUAUCUUCUUUAUUUUGUGAGUAUAAAAAUGCAACUGUCCACACAAGGCCCUGGGGUCUGACCUGGUGAGGAGAGGUUUUAAAGGGUGGGGCUGGAAGGGCUCUUCCAGGGUGAGGGACAGACUCCUCUGCUUUGGGCUGAACCCUGGCUGCUCUAAUGAAAGCCUCCUCCGUACCGUACCCUUAUGAAUGCUGUGGAGGGGGCUUCUCUACCUUAAAUAGGAAGACUGUUUGUAUAAGCCGAGACCUGCUGUGUCCCUGUGUUCCCCAGACUAUAGCAUACAAGGUGACCUUGUCUUCCAAUGGAGUCCGUUAAAGUACAUGCACUGUAUUGGCUUGUCCAUUUGAGCUCAUUGACAAUAAUAUGGUAUCAUAACAAGUUAUUGAUUGUGAGCUGCAAAAUGCUUUUUCGUAGAAGCAGCUCAAUUUACACUGAGAGUGCAUUUUUAUACAGUGAGAGAGCUCUGUCACGGUGGGAUCAGUACUGAGGAAUGUGUGGUGUAUGAGCUGUUCUUUGUUACCUGUCCCGGUUGCUUGGUUUCCCAGCAGCCCAGCCUACCUGCUGUCUCAUGCCAAGCGUGCCCUUUCAGGAGGAGUGCUUGCUGUUUACAUUCGCUAUGUACGUACAUGCUGUGGGAUGCCUGUCCUUGUACUCUGUUGAUAAUAAAGUUUUUUUGGUUUGAAU